AAUACCCAUAGAUCCACCCUCCAAAACCACCCACCGAAAUCCCGUCGGAGUUCAAAAUCCAGAAAUCAUCUCCGGCAGUCAACGGGUGGCAGGUCAAACACAACUAUUUUUUAUUUAUUAAUUUAUACACAUGUAUCUUUUACAUUCGUUUUUUGUUAUUCAUUUUAGUGGUUGGUUUGUUGACUUUUGGGCUUGUUUACUAUGAAGACGUCUUCUACUUCUUAUUGGACUGAUGGUAGCCAAAUUAAAAGUUCAUAUCAACACAAAAAUAAUCAAAUCACUCAUAAUAAUAGACACUAAUAUAAGAAUGGUUAUUCUGAGUGAAGUUGAACAAGGAUGUUCAUCCAGUAGUCAUAGUCAUGAUCAUAAUAAUGGUAAACAGCAACGAUAUGAUGUAUUUUUAAGUUUUAGAGGUUUGGAUACUCGUAAUAGUUUCACCGAUCACCUCUACAACGCCCUGAUUGAUGCGGGUAUAAAUACCUUUUUGGAUGACGAAGAAGUUGAAACCGGGGAAGACCUGAAACCUGAAUUAGAGGAUGCCAUCAGAUCAUCAAGGGCCUCUGUGAUAGUGCUGUCCAAGAAUUAUGCCACUUCCACAUGGUGUCUUAAUGAGCUGGCAUUGAUCCUUGACCAGCGUUUGACUUCUGACCAGAUUGUGAUCCCCAUUUUCUAUCAUGUUGAGCCCACUGAUGUAAGGAAGCAACAAAAAAGCUUUGGAGAUGCCAUGGCAGAGCAUCGGCAGAAGAUGGAGGCCGAAACAAAUGCAGAGGAAAGACUGAGAUGGGGCCAAAAGAUGGAUGGGUGGAUUAAGGCACUGACAGAUGUUGCCGACUUAAAAGGAAAAGACGUCAAGGGCAGGAAAGAAGUGGAGUUUAUUGAAGAAGUUGUUACUGAAAUCCGUCAAAGAUUAGGUGUACCCUUAAGUGAUACUUUGCCACUCCUUAUCGGGAGGUAUUUUCGAAUUAGAGAAAUCACGUCAUGGUUGACAGAUGGUUCCUCCAGUCAUACUGCUGACAUUCUCACAGUUUCAGGCAUGGGUGGGAUUGGGAAGACAUCUUUGGCCAAAUAUGUCUUCCACUCGCACUCUCAUACAUUCGACAAGAGCAGCUUUAUUGAAGGUAUCAAUUUAAGAUGUACUGAAAAAUAUAAUGGAUUGCUCGAUGUACAAACGCAACUUUAUGGUGACAUCUCAAAAAGAAACAAGCUAUCAGUUCAUGAUACUUGUGUAUACACCUCUCAAAUUGAGAAAGCGUUAGCCGGUGUGAAGGUAUUUUUAAUUCUUGAUGAUAUCGAUAGUCUCAAGCAGUUGGAUGCGUUACUUGGAAACAAAGGAUUUCACCCAGGUAGUAAAAUCAUAAUAACAACCAGGAACACAUCGUUGACAGAGGGGUGUGCAUUAUUCAACCUGGAAGUAAAACCCAGGCAUAAAACGCUCAACGUUGAAGGCUUGUACGAAACUGAAGCACUGGAGCUAUUAUGUCUUAAUGCGUUCAAAUGUAUAGAUCCCAAACAAAGUUAUGAAGAGGUGAUUGAAGAGCUUGUGAAAUACUGUCAAGGACACCCCUUGGCUCUUGAAGUUCUUGGAAGUUCUUUACAUAAUAAAGAUAUAGCUUAUUGGAAUAAUUUCAUAACAAAAUUAAGGAAAGAAAGUCAUUUGGAUAUAAAGAAGGUCUUGCAAAUAAGUUUCGAUUCUUUGCAAUCUGAAAAUGAUAAGGAAUUGUUUAAGCAUAUUGCCUGUUUUUUUAAUGGAAUGGAUCGAGAGAUUAGCGAACAAAUACUAGAGGCAUGCAAUAUAUACGCAAUAUCUGGAAUCCAGAAUCUCAUCGAGAGAUGCCUUGUUAGUAUUAGUCAAUGGGAUAACAGCUUGAUGAUGCAUCAACUGCUUCAAGAGAUGGGGAAAGCAAUAGUACGUGAAGAAUCACCCGGAGUACCAGGGAAGCGCAGUCGAUUGUGGUGUCACGAUGAGUCAUUCAUAGUGUUAAAAAAGAAAAAAGGUACUGAAACGCUUCAAGGCCUUGUCUUUGACCCGAAAUUGCUUGAAAAAGAGAAGUUUCAUGAGCCAUGGCAUCUGAAAACAGAUGCAUUUAGCAAUAUGGAUAAUUUAAUGAUACUACAACUCAACAAUGUGCAACUCAGUGGGUCUUAUGAGAAUUUUACAGAAGAACUAAGAUGGCUGUGUUUGCACGGGUUCCCUAUGAAGUCAAUACCUUUAGACAUACCAAUGGAGAAGCUGGUUGUUCUCGACAUGUCAAACAGCAAAAUCGAAUCAUUUGCCGCUUGUUGUACUAGUUGUAACCCUCAACCAAUUGAGGGUUGGAAAAAGGUAAAAAUUAGAAGAAUCAACAUCGAAUAUAUUUAGUAAAUUAAAUUCUAGUUGAAGAAGGAUUACAAGCUAUUGCUGGAUGGUUGCAAUCUCCGUGAGUAUAUACUGCAACAAUUGGUUUCCUCUGCUAUUUCAUUCCCGAGCUCGUUAGUAGAAUUAUCUCUUGCAAAUUGUAAUUUGUCCAAUAAAUCAUUUCCGAUGGA